AUGGAUUUGUUCCAUCUCAAUGGCCAGACGUUCCUCCUGGUGGUGGACUACUACUCGAGGUUCCCCGAGAUGGUGACCCUGAGAAGCACUACAGCUCGGGCAGUCAUCGAUGCUCUCAAAAGCACCUUCGCACGCCACGGAAUCCCACAAGACGUCAGGUCGAACAACGGCCCACCGUUCUCGUCGCAAGAGUUUGCGGCAUUUGCAGCGUCUUAUGGCUUCAACCGUGCGACCAGUAGCCCACACUACGCCCAGUCAAACGGAGAGGCAGAGACGAUGGUACGGACCGUCAAGGACCUGUUCCGCAAGUCCAAAGACCCUCACCUCGCUCUGCUCAGUUAUCGGGAAACUCCGGGAGUCGACGGCUUCAGUCCAGCCCAACUGUUGAUGGGACGUCAUCUGAGAACCAGAGUCCCGAAGCAAAACUCCCAGCUACGUCCCUACUGGCCGCCUAGGAAAGAUGUCGUCGCCAAGGAUGUAGCCUACAAGUGUAAGCAGACCGACGACUACAAUAGCCAUCACGGAGCUCGAGACAUGCCACCUCUCCAAACGGGUCAGCGCGUGUGCAUGCGCCCUGACCAAGUGCAAGCUACGGUCCUCAGCCCGGGCACGCACUAUGUUACCGUUUCAAUUGUGCACCUGAUAAACCUUUACUUGUGA